CGUGGUUCCCAGGCGAUAGUCCUUGUCAAUUUUCACAUACCUUGCCCUGUAUUCUAUGACCGACACAUUACUCUGCAACAGGAAAAAUCCUCCUCCUCCUAGAAUAUCCUUUGCUUUGCUCUGCAAAUUCCUCUUUUCUCUUCGUCAUCGUCGUCUUCUGAUAUUCAAACUCUGCUCUUCGCCAUGGAGUUUUUGCUCGAUUUCUUCUUUAUAGCUGUUAUUUCUUUGCUCUGCUCUUUCUUCCUCGCUAAGCUCCUCUCAGUAGCAACAGCUGAUUCUCAUGGACAUGAAUUUAAAAGGAGGAUUGUCGAUAACGAUGACCUCAGUUUCCGAGCAGAGUCUAAUGAUUACGCAUGGGAGAAGGAAAGAAAAUUUGGGUUUGUUUCGGAAAUUCUCGGAGUUGAUGAAGUAAGCGAAUCGGUAGAGAAUAAACUUGCCCAACAAGAAUCUUCCAGGGAAUGUCUCGGAUCGUCUAACUUAAUUGAAGAUGGAAAAACUUCUAAUAAUCAACUCCCUAGGGAAGAAAUUGAGAUUGUUGAUUUAACAGCGGAAGAUAGUGAAGACGGUGCUGCGUGUGAAUGCGAAGAUCACCUGGUUGAUGAAAGUCAUCAGAAAGAAAUCGAGAUGAAUUUGAUAAACAACGAAUUGGGGAUGAACAAAAGUGAAGUUAAUUGUGGGAUUGAUGGUAGAAAAAAGGAGCUGAUUGAGGAUGAUGACGAUGAUGAUGAUUGGGAAGGAGUAGAAAGAAGCGAGUUGGAGAGGCUUUUUGGCGCUGCUGUGGCGUAUGUUGGUUCUAUUGAUAACAUAUCGAGUUUUAGCACUGAGUUGAUUCUGAAGUUUUAUGGGCUUCACCAGGUUGCCAUUGAAGGACCUUGCCAUGUGCCCCCACCCAUGCCAUUGAAGUUCUCUGCUCGCUCAAAGUGGAAUGCAUGGCAACAACUUGGGAACAUGAGACGAGAGUUGGCUAUGGAGCAGUACAUCAACCUUCUUUCAAGCCACUUUCCUGGUUGGAUGAAAGAUGAUUUUGGGGAAGAGGAUACACAUGGGUUUGCAGAUAAUGAUGCAUCAAGGAACCUUGCUUCUGAUUUAAGGCCAUCUCAAGAAAAUCAACUAGACCUUCUAUUUGAGAGGUGAUAUCUGAAUUUACGAAGUUUUACUUUUCACCUAUAAUGUACAAAAACAGGGUGAAAAAAAAAGUAUCUGGCAUCUUAUUAUUGGCUGGGGUGAAAGUUUCAAUGUUGGUCCAUAUUCUUAGUUUUGCUAUGCUCUAGCACAGCACGCAGACUAUUCUAAUAACAUUGUUAUUUUUAUUUUAUUUUUAAUGCAUAAACCAUCUUUUCUUCCUCUUCCAA